AUGUCCCAAAGCACACCCUACUUCCGUCCUGCAACCCACGCCCAGGGACUUGCCAAUUACCCCCACGCCCGGACAAUAACCUCGCCCGAUGGCCAUGGGUCAUAUAUCUACGUCUCUGGGACUUCAUCCCGCCGCGGUGAUGGGACUUUUGUCGGAGCUACACUUUCAGAAGACGGCACAAUUACCCUCGACAUCCGAGAACAAACCGCUGCCGUGUUAUCCAAUAUCGACGCCAUCAUCCAAGGUGCUUCGGAAGGCAAAGCGAGCAUUCAUGAUGUGGCCGAUGCAACGGUGUUUUUGACAAAUAUGAAGGAUGAUUACAAGGGGAUGAAUGAGGAGUGGAAUCGCAUUUGGCCCGAUCGUAAUACUGCGCCUGCGAGAACGACGGUGGAAGUGAGGGCCUUACCACGGGAGGAGAUUUUGGUGGAGAUUAAAUGCACUGUGUACUAUAAGUGA